CAUGAACCGGCAUGCAUAAUUGGCAGAAUAGGCAUGUGAAUUGCACAACGUUUUCUCGCAUUUCGUCCAGCAAUUGCAGCAGCUUCCUUGCGCUAUGGGGGCUGGUAAGGCAACAGUGCUUGACAGGCUCAUAUCCGAAGAAGAUGGAGUUGCCGUCCUUGACGGGGGACUCGCUAGUGAGCUUGAAAGCAGGGGUGCUGACUUGACUGAUGCAUUGUGGAGCGCGAAGUGCCUGAUAGAGAAUCCUGGAUUGAUCCGACAAGUCCACUUGGACUACUUUCGGGCUGGGGCGGAUAUCGUGACGAGCUGCUCAUACCAAGCAACUUUCGAAGGCUUCCAGAAGAAGGGCCUAGGAGAGAAGCAGGCAGAGGAGCUCAUGCGCCUGAGCGUCAAGCUGGCAUGCGAAGCGCGAGACCAGGCCAACAAAGAAUCUCAAAGCAGUGGUUCUCCUGCUCUUCGUCAAAAGAAACGGCUGGUGGCCGCGUCGCUCGGCUGCUAUGGGGCGUCCCUGUCAAAUGGAGCGGAGUAUUCGGGAGAUUAUGGUGGUGUCAGCACGGAAGAUAUGAUGGAGUUUCACAGGCGCCGGUUGCGGGUGAUGUCGCGCUCGGGAGCGGACGUGCUGGCGUUCGAGACAGUGCCCAGGCUGCAGGAAGCGGAGGCGAUCGCGCGGCUGCUGGACGAGGAUAGUGACGAGGACUGCGUCCCGGCGUGGGUCUGCUUCAGCUGCAAAGACGAGCGCCACGUGUCACACGGAGAGACGCUCGCAGAUUGCGUCCGCGCGCUGGAGAGCUGCAAGCGUGUGGCGGCUGUGGGGAUCAACUGCACCUGGCCGCGGUUCAUCCAAGGUCUGGUGACGGAGGCCCGAAAGGUAACUUCAAAACCGAUCGUUGUGUAUCCGAACCUUGGCGAGUCCUGGGACGCGGAACGCAAGGAGUGGGUCCUGUCCACCGGUGCCACCGACGACGACUUUGUUUCGAUGGUGCCCGUGUGGAAAGAUGCGGGGGCAAGGAUCAUCGGGGGUUGUUGCAGAACGACGCCGCGCACGAUCCAGUGCAUUGCUCUCGCUUUGAAGCGGAGCGGGCAAUGCUUUUCUGCCAGUCAUGGCGCGUAGGGACUAUGCUUAUGGGCCUGAUAUGUGACAUGAGUGUGACUAACCUAGUGAAGACUGUCGAAGAAGUGAUGUGCGUGUGAUGAGGAGGCCAAGUAGCUGUUGCUCGAGCGGGCAGGUUAUGCGCGAUGAAUGUGUGAGCACAGUUAUCGAACAUAUCAGAAUUAGUGUAUGUAGAUUGAGGAUGCGAAUAUAGAUUUCAACAAGACAAAUGAGUUAUUGCAUCAACUAGUUUGUUUCAAUUGUCCCGGGCAUACCAGUGCUUGUUAAGUUCGUAGUUUUUGAGUUUGGUAAAUGUGUAUCGUACCAGCCUGGUAGCUACCAACCGUACUGACUCAAGCAGGUGGCCAAACAUACCGUCUGGCCCCGCAGCACAUGGAUUCGCAUGUCCCAAUACAAAUCAAACUGCAAAUUAGUCCGACCGUCACGGUGAAUAAAAUUGACGGUCACCAGUUGAC